AUGUACGACCGGGCACCCCGCUGGCUCCCAGUGGCUGUGGGCGGCGGCACCGAGGAGCAUGUCGGCCCUGGCUCCUACCAGGUCCAGGUCCGGAAGCGGCGGGUGGCCGAUGGCUAUGCACCAUUUCUUUCUUUGAGUGCCAGAGAAAGUACUUUUACUGUUGGCUCCCAUAUUGAAAAUGAUGUUCCAGGUCCAGGACACUAUAAUGUUUCAGAAGCACAGAAAAUUUCAAAAGCACCUACAGCUACUAGAAAUGUAGAUGUUCCUUCAAUUCCUUCUUGUGGACAGUCAUAUGGUUAUCAUAUUAAUGAAGAUGGGAGAAUUACAAAAUGCUUUCCACCUGCAAGUGAUAGCACCUUAGGACCAGCAUACUACAAACCUCAGUUCGAUGUUUCCGUUGCAACUGUGAAAUACAAAGGAAUACAUUUUGGGAACUCUCCAGGAAGAAAAGAGCUACCUAAAAAAUCAGGUCCUGGACCUGGACAGUAUGACAUAGACAAGGAAAAGACACUAUACUGUGAAAAUAUUAAUAUCAAGAAAGAUCAACAGCAAGAUUAUUGUUCCAGUAUCCCACGAUUUUAUGAAAUAAUAGAAUUGCAAGAGGAAAAAAAGAGAUUAGUGCCUAUGAAAUCAAUCACCCCUGCUCCUGGCACAUAUGAUGAACCUCGAACUUCUUUUAAGACCUCAAAGAAAACAUCAGGACUGAAAAAUACCCCCUUUGGUCAAAGUGCUGCUCGAUUCAUAGAGAACUCCAGGCGAGAGGAAAUGCCAGGUCCUGGAUUUUAUAAUAUCCUAAACAAUACUGUAAUUACCAAUAUUAGAAAUAUUUGCUUGAAGAAACAAAAGAGAAGUGCAUUUGGUUCUUCUGUCCCUCGAACUUUGUUCUUGCUUCAGAAAGAAGUUUAUACAAUGCCUGGGCCUUCUGAGUAUCAGGAUUUUUGGAAUUCAUAGGUUGGUGGACUUCGUGAUGAAUUACGUAACUUGACUAAAAAACGUGCUGCUAUCUUGUCAAGAACAGAAAGAACUAGGAAAGUACCAGCUAUGGUUAUUCCAGCCCCAGGCAGCUAUGAUGUCCAAAAAUCAUAUGAAAUGUCUCAAGUUAAACAUAAAUACAUGCCACCUCGCAGCUUGGUAGCUAAAAGAAAACAUGCCUCCUUCCUUAGUGCAGCUCCUCGUUGCCUGGAAAAAAUGACAGAUGGGCCAGGGCCUGCUACAUAUAAUCCUGUUUUCAAGAAAUCUUGCCCCAUACCCUUAUUUUUUAAAGCAUCAAGGCAUUCUGAAGAUGCUGUUGAGGUUACCCCAGGCCCAGCAACAUAUGAGCUCAGCCCAUUUUUAAGACAUUCUGUUCUGAAGAAAACAUUUAAUGUCACUCUGCCAAAUCCUUUCCUGACAAAAACAGAAAACACCACAGAACAAAAAGCCAAACAAAAACACCCACGGGGCAAAACACAAGCUUCUAAAUGAUGCAUCCCAGUGGUAAUAUCUAUUAAUAUAAAGGUAGGCUGACAGGCCUCUCAGGGAGAAGUGCUUCCAGGUUGAUGAUGUCCUCCAUCAGCUGCUCAGAGGAACAUAA